CCCAGGCAGCCGGACCCGAGUAGCUGGGACACGCGCCGGAAGUGGCGGGCCGGGGAAGAGGGAGGGUCCGGGCGGAGCCGCGGAGGAGGAGAAAGAAAUGAGCUGACAUGUCAGAAAACCAUGUGUCUUCCCUGGCCUUUGGCCAGGCAGUGAUUGGGCCACCUGGCUCGGGGAAGACCACUUACUGCUUUGGCAUGCAGGAAUUCAUGUCCAAGAUUGGGCGGAAGGUGGCUGUGGUGAAUUUGGACCCAGCCAAUGAAGGGACUCCCUAUCAGUGUGCUGUGGACAUCUCAGAGCUUAUCACCCUGGCUGAUGUGAUGGAUAAUCUGAAGCUGGGGCCCAAUGGCGGUUUGAUCUAUUGCAUGGAGUACCUGGAAGCCAAUUUUGACUGGCUGCAGGAAAAGCUGGCUAAACUCAAGGGUCAUUACUUUUUGUUUGACUGCCCAGGGCAGGUAGAACUCUGCACCCACCAUGGCGCAUUGAAAAACGUCUUUGCACAGUUAGCUAAGUGGAACUUCAGGUUGGCUGCAGUUCAUUUGGUGGAUUCUCACUACUGCACAGACCCUGGAAAGUUCAUCUCAGUUCUUUGCACCUCCCUCUCAACCAUGCUGCAUGUGGAAUUGCCCCACGUCAACGUCCUUUCUAAGAUGGACCUGAUAGAACAGUAUGGCAAGCUGGCCUUCAACCUGGAUUAUUACACCGAGGUUCUGGAUCUCUCUUACCUAGUAGACCAUUUAGCCACCGAUCCAUUCUUCAAGAACUACCGUCGCCUCAAUGAGAAGUUGGUGGAGGUGAUUGAGGACUACAGCCUGGUCUCCUUUGUUCCACUCAAUGUCCAGGACAAGGAGAGUAUGCGACGGGUGAUGCAGGCAGUGGACAAAGCCAAUGGCUACUCCUUCGGAGACUUGGAGCAGAGAAGCCUUGAAGUCCUGAUGUCUGCAGCGGUGGGAGCUGAUUUCCACUUCACAUCUACACUUGCAGUCCAGGAGAAGUAUGUGCAGCCUCAGGAGAAAACCGUGGAACAGGAAGCAAUGGAAAUAUAGUGCUCCUGUAUCUUUCAGCAGGCUCGUAGUGGAAGGAGCUCCCUUCCUGUUUUAAAUGUGUCUCACCUCUUCCCAUCAGGAGCAUAAGGGACCCUCUGUGUAGUUUGACUCGGACCCGGUACUUUCUGGGCAGAAGGCCAGCUGUUAGGUUCCCUCUUUGUAUGAAUGCAGUCCUGCGUCUGGAUCCCGCUGUGUACGAGCUAUGUUUUUCUGGGUGACAAUGAGAUCAGGACCUCCAUAGCUGAGUGCAGGACAAAUUCAAGAUCUCCUUACAGGAACCAGAGGGAAUCUUCACCUGAUCCGGGACGUCAGCAGCAGAAGAAAACAAUCUCUCUGUACAGCAGACAAGACAUAGGUGCCCACUUUUGCCAAGUCUCAUCCCUCACCACCAUGACCAAGGCUAUGUCUCAAGUGAAAGACAAAUCAGCAUCUACUGCAGUGAAUGAAUGGAGCUCCUUCUUGUGGUAUGAAUUCUCCAUGUAUUGAAUGGGACCUCUGUGCAUUCUCACAGUGAGGGGUAUCCACUCCUUAGAGAGCCAGCCACCUGUCCGUUCAUCCCUGGGGGGAGGAGAGGUGUGAGGGUUUUUGUUUGUUUUUAAUUAUCAGCUCUUUCUUAACAAAAACACUUCUCCACCCCUUAGUUUCACCUGUACUUCUGAGUUUGCUACGAACUCCCCUGAAGUGGAGAAAAUAAAAUAAAAUGCAACAGUGCUGCAAAGCAUGAGGGACAAGAAGAGCUGUGAAUAGGUUCCUUAUUGCAGCUGCAGACGCUGCCACGUGUUUCUGUUAAAAUCACUCUAGUCUCUGUUGUUUCCUUCUGUGACCUACCUGGAAGCAGAACAAGUAUCUGCUCGGGAUGGGGUGGAGGAAAGGAGGUCACUUCUUGUGCACUCUGUUCCAGUGGAGAAAUUCUGUCUCUCUGCCCUGCAUGAUGAAACACUGCCAAUGUUCUGUUGUGAGCUCCUGAAAGCUUUUCCCAAACUGUACUAACAGGAGUGUUCGUAGGCUUAUGACGGGGGAAGAGCCUGUGUGGUUCAGCGGAAGAAUGUAGCUCCACAAAGGUUGUAGCAAACCAUAGAAGUUAGGUCUUUCCUUGUCUCUACUAGGUCCUUUACUAUAUCCUUCCUUUGCUAUAUCCCUCCAUCUUUGUGGGAUUGUUCCCUACAAUUGAUUGUCCAGUGCUUUACCCACUCGAGUUUUAAACGUCCCAAGCAACGGUGUGUCCACUACUUCCCUGAGGGAACCCUGAAUAAUUCUGCUCCUAGUUGCUGUUUACAUCUUUGGAUACUGAGAGACAGUUAUGAGGCUAGUUAACUGCUGGUGUAAACACACCUCUCUCUGCUAGAAUGGCAUCUAAUGAUCUGAAUCUGCCCUGAAGGCGGCUGCUUGAGACAGGUACAUGUUGUUUUUUAAACUGAUCAUACCUGGCAAUUAGCUUGUAAUAUUCAAAGCAAUUUACACAUGUGUUAAUCCAAACAGCACCCUGGUGAGGCUCUUGAACAAGUUUUUAUUCAUAAUGAUUUACAGAUGGCAAAACUGAGACACCAAAAGGUUAAGAGACUUAAAACCACAGAGGGCUUAAGUGGCAGAGCCAAAAUUUUAAUGUUCAGCAGUUCCUGGCUCCCAGUCCUGUGCUCAGACCAAGUUUUCCAUCCCUUUUCGGCUGAAAUAUUGUAAAGAAUAAUAUAGUUGCUUCUUGCUGUAGAAUUUAGCAGGAGAGUUUCCCUCUCUUCCCCUAUACCCUCCCCAAUUGUAGACUAACGGUUAAUAGAGAAUAUAAACGUGAGUGGUACUAAAGACUCACGGUAGAAGAGUGAGAUCUGCAUUUUCCUACAUCUUAUGGUGUCGUGGCCGUGGCUCAGAGAAGGAAACUUUCUACUAUGUUGUUUGUUGGUGACGGAAUGGGGAUGCACAUGACACACACACGGUUGGGUUGCCUCAUAUCAAUCAAGUCAUGAAGGCCACUCUGGAGUUUAGAAUUGAAAAACCAAAGAUCUGUCUGCUCUGUAUGUUCAAAGUUUUCAUGGCACUUUUUAUAAGAGUAGGGUCAUGCCUGCAUUAAGCAGUGGGUGUUGUGCCUGCUGUUGGUAUUCUCUACCACAGUGGUAGCUACAUUUCAGUGAUUAUGUAUAUAGAUUGAAGUGCUGUCUAAUCAUGUAUUUAGAUUGAUACUCCCUCCUUGACUCACCCUGUUGCAUGUAGGUAUUGUAAUCCAUGUGGGAUAUAAACUUACCUGCUCUUCUGUUAGCCGUACAGUCGCUUGAGAGGGUGUUCGGAAUGUGUUCAAUCUUAAAUGUGAAUUUUACAGCUUGGA